GCGCUGAUGGUAGUGAUGAAGGCCAGGUGGCAUGUGACAUGAAUGUAGCCCUUCCUGGCAGAGCUAAGUCAUCUCAUAAAAAUGAAGACCCGUCUGAUGAUGAACUGGAUGAAUAUGACUUGGAAAAUUAUGAUGAAGAGGAAUACAGAGGUGAUAUAAAACUUGGAGACUCUUUGGCUGCUCUGGCAGUAUAUGGGAGUAAUGAUCAUGAUCCUUACAUCACUCUAAAAACUACUGAUCAAUAUGAACAGGAGGACUUUUUGAUUAAGCCCAGUGACAAUCUUGUCCUUUGUGGCAGAGCUGAUAAAGACUACUGUAGUUUGGAGGUCCAUGUUUAUAAUCAUGAAGAGAAUUCAUUUUACGUACAUCAUGAUAUCAUCUUGCCUGCUUACCCUCUAAGUCUGGAGUGGUUGAACUUUGAUCCUAGUCCUGAUAGUGCAGUAGGAAAUUAUGUUGCAGUGGGUAACAUGACCCCAGUUAUUGACAUUUGGGACCUUGAUAUAGUAGAAUCCUUAGAACCAGUCUUUUCUCUUGGAGGCCAGAAAGAGAAAAAGAAGAAAAAGAAAGGAAAGAAAAGUUUAUCUUCAGAAGGGACAGUGAAAGGACAUACUGAUGCUGUGCUUGAUCUUUCAUGGAAUAAACAAAGCAGGAAUGUUUUAGCAAGUGCGUCUGCUGACAGUGCUGUGAUUCUGUGGGAUAUGUCUGUGGGUAAGCCAGCAGCCAGCCUGAUGCUACAUACAGACAAGGUCCAGACAGUGCAAUUUCAUCCAUUUGAAACUCAGACCCUUAUUUCUGGAUCUUAUGAUAAAUCAGCUGUGCUGUAUGAUUGCAGAAACCCACAAGAUAACCAUCGAAUGUGGCGGUUUAGUGGUCAGGUUGAGAGAGUAACCUGGAAUCAUUUUUCACCUUGUAAUUUCUUAGCAAGCACAGAGGAUGGCUUUGUGUACUGUCUGGAUGCUCGUUCUGAUAAGCCACUGUUCACUCUGAAAGCUCACGAUGAAGAGGUGUCAGGGUUACAACUGAGCAGUCAGAUCAAAGGGUGCCUUGUGACAUCAUCUGCUGACAAAUACGUGAAAAUUUGGGAUAUCCUGGGAGACAGACCAAGUUUAAUCCAUUCCAGGAAUAUGAAAAUGGGUGUUCUCUUCUGUGCAGCUUGCUGCCCUGACUUCCCGUUUGUUUUUGCCUUUGGAGGAGAGCGAGAAGGGCUGCGUGUUUGGGAUAUAAGCAAGAUUUCUGCAGUGAAUGAAGUUUUUGGAAACAGAGAGAGACUUGUUCUGGCUAGUGCCAACUCUGUGGCUUGCAGCUCCAUGGCCGGCAGUAGCAGUAACGAUUCGGAGACAGCAAUGGAAUCAUGAUGGACCAAACCUCACAAAAUCAAACUAAUUAAUGGGACUACGACUAAUGUGCAUUCUACAAAUCCCCGUUUGGUGAGAGUCCAUAGAAAUGGCUCUAGUGUCUUGCAAUCUGCAGGCUCCUUCGUCGCAGACAAAGAAACACGGUGAUGUGGUUAAGCUCUAAGUCAGCAGUUCUAAGUUCCUGCCUCUGUUACCGGCUUUGAAAGAUUAAAUCACUUGCUUUUGCCUGAGAUUAUGAUCCCUGAAACAGGGGCUACUAUGUGUAAAGUUGAUACAUAAAAUGAAACGGUCACUAGAAAAGCGUCCUGCUGCUACCAGAAGUUCGCUGAAUACUGCGAAGAAGGUAAAUAUCUUCUAAAGGCAUAAGGAAAAAUACUUCAGUCAACAGUUGUGUAAUAAAUAAACAAAAGCUGAAUGAAAUGACAAGUGUAAAUAGAUAAUUUAUCCUUAAUUUAAGGCUAGAUUUACAGAUCUCUAAUACAGAUUCUAGAAGUUCUUCUAUGUAACUUUUUUGAGUCUUAAGAGUAUUUCCUGGGCAGUAAGUUGGAGUCCCCGAGUAGAAUCUUGAGAUGUAUUUGUAACAUCUCGGAGCACCAGUAUCAAACCAGAAAUACCUCAGUUGUAUCCUAUCAAGAUCAAGGGUUUCUUUUCCCUGGUUCCACAGCACCUGAAGCUUAUUGAUGAUGCCGGUGUAUUGGGUUUUUCUUCAAGCUCCAAACGUAAUAUAUAUAAAGAGCAUUUGAACAGAAGUAACGAGCUACUACUCAGAAGAGGAUGAGAGGCUGUCAGGACACAAAGUGAGGGUAGGGAUCUUAGCUGGUCACUGUCAGUGGUGACAGCUGUCCAUGUUACGUUCUCAUGUUCUUAACUCCUCCCAGGCAUUUCUGCCUGACACCUGAAGGCACAGAGGAAUGUUUUGAGUAUCAGCCGAACCACUGACUUAAUCACUUCAUUUACAGCAUCAGGAACCUAGUCAAGGAAUGUGACUCAAUCAAUUUCCUCACGUUUAAAAUGAACACCCAAGUGCCUUAUCCCAGGCCAGAAGUUAAAUGAUACUCCUACCCUCCUGUGAAGUCCUUCCCUCUCCACAUACUGGGCUACUAUGUGUAAAGUUGAUAUAUAAAAUGAAACAGUCACUAGAAAAGCAUCCUGCUGCUACCAGAAGUUCGUUGAAUACUGCGAAGAAGGUAAAUAUCUUCUAAAGGCAUAAGGAAAAAUACUUCAGACAACAGUUGUGUAAUAAAUAAACAAAAGCUGAAUGAAAUGACAAGUGUAAAUAGAUAAUUUAUCCUUAAUUUAAGGCUAGAUUUACAAAGCAACUGGUAUCGAAGCAGCCAUAGUGAUGGUGCAUGUGGUUGACAAGACCUUACCACUGCUUUUCACCCUAGCUCACUGUAACUCGUUCUGGUGAGGUAAGUCAGAUAAAAGGGGAAGAGCCAGAGCUGUAGGUUUCCUUCCCAUCCCUUGAAGUUAAGUGGCUGCUUCUCAAUCCGAUUUAACUGUUUCUAGUCUGGUGACAGGUGUUUAGCAUGGCUCCGCAGGAACCAAGAAUAUUUUGGAUGUGUUGGGAUUCCUGACUCAAUCCUUUCUGUGCCAAGCAAGAGUGAACAAUGUGUGGACAACAAAUGAACAACUGCUUUUGUGAAGCUUGAGAAGGUGAAAGCACCAGAACCACCUCUAAGUGCUCUCCACUGAAAAGCUGCAAGUUUUUCAAAGCUUUCAUUUUAAAUAAAUGCUUUGUGUUA